AUGAGUCAAAAAAUUGACUAUAGCGAAAGCUUUACCAACUAUUAUAAGACCUAUUAUCCAGCAUUCGUUUUGGCAUCAAUACCUAGAGCACUCAAACGCCCUGUGGGAGGACCAUUUGCACCAGGCUGUUUACUAUGCGGAAGUUUUGUAGCAGUUGGCGGACUGGCAAUCGCUAGCGGAGAUAUAGCGAAUGGGUCAGGGAUUUCAACAGCAUGGUCUUUGGCAUAUUUUAUGAUUAACGCAAAGAAAUCCAUUAAAUCAUUUCGAAUGUAUCCUCUAGCAUUAUGUACAUUUGCUGGGAUAAACACAAUCGGAUAUGGUCGCACAAUAUUUCAGGAAUAUUAA